GCCCGGCUGCUUGGGCGCGCAUGCGUAGUGAGCGUCCCCGUCUCCUCACGCCGGAGGAGUCUAGAAGCACAGGGAGCGGGGCGGUGGCGGCGGGCAGAUGGAGGCUAUGGGGUCGCAGCAGCAGCAGCCGGGGCCCACCGGGCGGAAGAGGCUCCCCAACCGCGAGAGGCCCGCUGCCGAGGACGAUGCCCUCAACCAGAUUGCUCGCGAGGCUGAAGCAAGACUCGCAGCAAAGCGUGCAGCACGAGCUGAAGCACGAGAAAUCCGGAUGAAGGAACUUGAGAGGCAACAAAAGGAAAUCUAUCAAGUUCAAAAGAAAUAUUAUGGUCUGGACACAAAAUUUGGUGACAUCGAGCAGUGGAUGGAAGACAGUGAGCGUUACACCCGUAAAUCCAGAAGAAAUGCCUCGGCUUCGGAUGAAGAUGAGCGCAUGUCAGUGGGUAGCCGUGGAAGCCUCAGGGCUUCCUGCUACUCUGACCUUAGUCUUCAUAGCACUGGUUUUCCUUCUAAAUCCCAACCUUCUUCCCAAAAUGGAAAUCGGCCUUCCUUGUUGUAUAGUGAUGCUCUGCCUGCCAGAAGCUACAGGGCAUCUCUGUAUGAUGAGAACCUUAACACUGGGACUCGUCGGUAUAGUGCUUCUAGUUCACGUCCUCCUUCGGAGUACAGUUGCUACCUUGGCUCAGGAUCCCGGGCUUCUUCUAGAGCUAGUUCUGCCCGUGCAAGUCCUGUGGUUGAAGAAAGGCCUGAAAAGGACUUUGAGAAGGGAGUUCGUACUGUGUCGAGCUUGUCAGCAGCUACACUGGCCUCACUAGGUGGAACCUCUUCCCGGCGAGGAAGCGGAGAUACUUCUAUUUCGGUUGAUACUGAAGCAUCUAUUAGAGAAAUUAAGGAUAUCAAUGAGUUAAAGGACCAGAUUCAGGAUGUAGAAGGAAAAUACAAGCAGGGAUUAAAGGAAAUGAAGGACUCUCUAGCUGAAGUUGAAGAGAAAUAUAAGAAGGCUAUGGUAUCAAAUGCUCAGUUAGAUAAUGAGAAAACCAAUUUCAUGUAUCAAGUAGACACCCUGAAAGAUGCAUUGUUGGAACUAGAAGAACAGCUUGCAGAAUCCAAGAGGCAGUAUGAUGAGAAAAGCAAAGAUUUUGAAAGGGAAAAACAUGCUCACACCAUAUUGCAGUUCCAGUUUGUGGAAGUAAAAGAAGCUCUGAAGCAAAGAGAAGAAUUACUUGCAGAAAUCCGACAGCUACAACAGAAACAAGAGGGCUAUGUCAGGGAAAUCUCUGACCUUCAAGAGACUAUAGAAUGGAAAGAAAAAAAGAUAGGGGCAUUAGAGAGGCAGAAAGAGUUCUUUGAUUCCAUAAGAAGUGAGCGAGAUGAUCUUAGAGAGGAGGUGGUUCUGCUGAAGGAACAAUUGAAGCAACAUGGAAUAAUCCCCAAUUUAGAGGUAGCUACCAAUGGAGAAACCUCUGGUGGCCUUCAUAAUGAUGGACUAUCAAGUUCUUCCAAGAUGGUCUCAGGCACAAGUCACAUCCCUGGGGGACCUGGGGAUGGCACGCUUGGAAGAGCCAAUGAAGUGGAGAUGAAAAAUGAGAUUGUGGAGAAUGUGGGGAAAAGAGAAAUCUUGCAGAAUACUGAGCAUGAGGAACACACAGAGGAGACUAAGGAGCAGGAAAUUGUACAGGAGUGUUCGGAGAUAAAGACGUUGCAUGCAGAUGAAAAUGCGGAGGCAGAAAAAAUCACUGAAGGCAAAGUUGCGUCAACUUUGGUAUUAAAUAGUGGACUUGAGGAACCAGCUAAAAGUCACACAGAGCAUGUCCCAGAAAUUGUUUAUUCCCCUAAAAAUAGUGACGUAGUUGAAUUUUGCAUAGAAGGGGGCUCACUUGGUUAUACGUCAGAAGGGAAAGAGUUGAAUGAAAAUGUUGUAAAUAAAAUUAGUAAUCAAAGUAAAGAAACAGCUCCAGGUAUUGAGGUUGGUGAAACAAUACAUACAGGUUUAGAAAUGCUUCCCCAAAAGCAAAAUAAUGAAAAACUAACAGAUAUUGUAGUUGAUGUGGGAGAGGACAAUAAUAAUGAAAUAUUUCAGGAAGCUUUAGAUUUUGUGAAUGACAGCCAAAAAGCAGCUUCCAGUCAUUCAGAAACACCAGGCUUGGCAGGUGAUAUGCUUUCAAAAACAUCAGCUAUUCAUUCUGAUAUCAAACUAUCAGAAAACAAAAUUAUUGAAGUUGAUUUGCUUAUUAAAGAUCAAGGUAUUACAAAAACCGAUAAAGAACAGCAGGAUGAAAAUGAGGCUGAUGGAACUGAUGAAGAUGAUGAGAUGGAAAAUUUAGUUCAACAGCAGAGCGAUAAAAUAGAUUCUCCAGUCGAACAUACAGAAACAGCCUGUACUAGGGAACAGACACCAGGUGACCUUAUGGAGGAACAAAAACAAGUAGAAGUGGAAGAAACACAGACCUCAUCUUCUAACCAUGAUGCAUUCACUGAAGAGGAAAGUAUUGAGCAACAGCUAGAAGCAAGUGAAGAUAAUCUUGGGGAAAGCCUUGCUAAAGGGACCGAGCAGAGAGAAACUGUGUUAAGAAUUCAAGAAGAAAAUGCAGUUUCUGAAAAAAAUAAGCAAAAUAGCAUGACAGACGUCCAUCCAGAAAACAUUGUUGUAGAUGGCGUAGAGCAGAAUGAAUGCCAGAUGCAUGAGAGAAAGCAGUUAGAUCUCAAGGAUGAUUCUAGAAAAGGCAGUGAAAUAAAACCUGAAAUUGUAAAUGAUGAAAAAACUUUGGUUGAGAUCCCAUCUAAAAUUGAAGAUGAUGAUGCUGAUAGUCAAGAUAAUCCAGCAUUUACAGAAGAACCAAGAACAGAAAGACAAGACGAAAGUUUUCCAGGACUGGAUGCAGUUUCUGAAAAAAAUGAUAAGCAAAAUAGCAUGACAGACGUGCAUCCAGAAAACAUUGUUGUAGAUGGUGUAGAGCAGAAUGAAUGCCAGACUCAUGAGAGAAAGAAGUUAGAUCUUGAGGAUGAUUCUAGAAAAGGCAAUAAAAUAAAUUUUGAAAUCAUAAAUGAUGAAAAAACUCCGGUUGAGAUCCCAUCUAAAAGUGAAGAUGAUGAUGCUGAUAGUCAAGAUAAUCCAGCAUGUACAGAAGAACCAAGAGCAGAAAAACAAGACGAAAAAUUUCCAGGACUGGAUGUUGCUGCAAAUAUUCUCAUAGAAGAUGUUGAGGAAGUAUGUAAAAGAAAUGAAGAGGACGUGAAUUUCACAAAGACAGAAGAAAAGGUUAUAGAUGCUGUUCCAGAUCUUGAGGCUGUUGAUCUGAAGCUUGAGAAAGCUGAAUUCAGUAAUCAAAAGAGAGAUUCUGAUAGUGAAGACGAACAUUUGGAAGAAUAUCAUGAAGCCUCUGAUUUCAGUGAGUCUUCCUUUGGAGAAUUAAAAACAACUGAAAGGAGUGAAGACCAAGGUAAUGAACUAGAAAUAAAUGAUCAAAAAACCCAAGAGACAGAUGGGACUGCAGAAAGUGCAUUGCAGGAUGUCAUAAAAAAAGAUAAUGAAAAUAGAGAGAAAGAAAGACCUGUUGGAGAAGACAAAAAGGAGAAGGACUACCAAAUCUCAAUGGAUGAAAUGGGAAGUGAGAAUGUGUUGACCAAAACCAAAAAUACACAGCAGGAAAAAGAAGCUGACCAUUUGCAAACUGAUGCUGCCAUUUCUGAGCCACCAGAGGCCCAAAGUGAAAUGUUAGAAGAUUCCAACAAAAGGAUAUUAGAAGAAAUCAGCUCAGAACAAAUUGCUGCAUAUACAUUAGAGCAGUUGGAAAAGCUAGGGCUAGCUCAACAAGAAAGCCAACCGGACACCCAGGUGGGUCGAAAGGGUAAAGGUAAAUCUCGUGAAGAUUGUGUUAUGUCGUAGCCUCGAAGGUAGGUUGUCGUUGCAUAUUUCUCAUAGCUGUCUAAUAUGUUACAGAGCAAAAAGGCACUUUUAUACAAAAAAAUUGAGGACAUCACUGUCUAAUUUUUGAUUUAUAGAAAACAGUUUCACAAUAACCAGUUUUUAGACAACGACAGUUUAUACAAUUUGUUAUCUCCAUCAAUAAUGGCUACAUAAGAAGGUUUUUGUACUUUUUAGGUUUACUCACUGUUUAUAACUAAACUAAGUCAUUAAUAAUACUAAUUUCUAAUUUCUUUUUCAUAUGCCAUUAAGGUGAUACUAUAAUAUUUUAUCUUUUCAGUAUUUUAGUGACAGGAAGGAUUUGAUAGUUUUUAGGAACUGAUAACCUGGAGAACAUAUUCCUGAGACACAGUGGUCAGACACAUUUAUAUUUCAUUCCAUUUUUAUAAAGCACUGUAGCUUCAGCAGCCUUUGAAAAUGCUGAUAGAUUGCUGGAAAUUAUACCAUGUGCAUGUAUCUUGACACAUUUCAAAGUAAUGUCACUUAUAUGGCCAAAUAAUAGUUAGCUCAAUAUAAGAAUUGUGUUUUUCAAAAGUUGUAUAUGAGGAACUCAGCCAUUUCAUUCAUUGAGCUAGAUUUAGAACAAUUUAGACUUUAUUGAAAUCAAGGAGACAAGUUAUUCAUAAUAACUUUUCGUUCUGAUUACAUUGAAACCUGAACUAGACUGACUUCAUCUGAAUCUAUUCCAUUAGGCUUAAAUCAAGUCAUUCCUCCCAGCUAAAACGGAAAUCAAUGGAAACUUGUUAAGUCCACACACACAUAAGUGCCACUCAUUCAAUGGGUCUGUUCUAGUUGGGACUAAGUAUUGAAUUUAGGUCAUUCUGUUUAACAUAGCCUUUUAAACAUAUAUGUAUGUGUAUGUGUGUGUAAGAAAGUUUCAGUUCACGUUAUGCUUAAUUAUUCUUUCAAAUGUUUACUGCGUAUUAUAACAAACCAAAUGAUUUUCCUAAGGCUUUAUAUCGUAUGUUGCAUUUCCCCCCAGAAUGAUCAAUAUAUGUGAAUAUUUCAUAUUUCAAAUUUACCUUUUCCUCUCUGCAGGGAUGUUGACAAAUCUGAAUGUUUCAAAUGCCUUAAUUAUUGUUUUAGAGCACAAAACCAAAGAUGAAAACUGCUGUCCUAUACAUAAAGUCCCUCUUUAACCUACUGCCUUAAAAUCAACAUAUAAAUUGAUUUUGAGUAUUUGAUACAAUAAAUAUUGAUGUUUUUCAUGUAUGAGCAUGUGAUUUCCUUAUGUGUACUAACUAGGAGUAUUUUAUUGCAUACAUAUUUUAAAUAUUAAAAUUAAAAGCUGUAAACCUUGAAAAUCAUAGACAUAUAGCACUGUGACAAAUAAUAAAUACUCUCCUUGUAUGCGGGUAAUAAAACACCAAAAGAACAGACCAUAUGUAAUGCACAUUGAUUUGUAUAUAGUAGAAAUAAAAAUAUAUAUACUUUAAAAUGUAUCUUGCCCACUGGUUAUAAAGCUGCUUAUAAUCAAA